AUGUCGUUCUUCAAGAAACUGGCCGACAAGGUCGAGGAUUUCCUAGACGACGAUAAGGACAAGAAGAAGCAGGAAGAAGUACAGAGUCAGCCUCAAGGCCAAGGUCAGCAAGGGACUGUCACAUCAAAUUUCACUUCCAGCAUUGCUUACCAGACCCCAGAGCACGCACGCGGCUACGGCGACAACUACCGACAAGGCGGCUACCCCCAACAAUACCAGCAGCAGCAGCAACAGCAACCUCAAGGCUCAUACUACGGAGGCGCCCCUCCCCCGCAAGGGCCUCCCGCCCCGUACGGCGCGCCGCCUCCGAUGCCACCGGGCUGGAACGCGCAGUGGGAUUCGAAUCAGAACCGCUGGUACUACAUCGAGCAGUCGACCGGCCGCUCGCAGUGGGACCCGCCCGCGACCUUUGGCCAGCCGCCCCAGGGACCCUACGCGCCGCCCGUCGGAGGCCCGCCCGGCCAGGUGCCGUACACGACGGGUCACGGCGACGGGUUCCGUGGCGAGAGCGGCACGUACUAUAGCGGCCAAGGCGGCAUGCCGCCGACGGAGCACCAGGGACAGUAUGGCGGGGAUGACAGGGCAUACGGACAGGGCGGGGAGCAGCAGAAGGAGAAGUCGGGCUCGGGCAAGGCGUGGGCGAUGGGGGCAGGUGGGCUGGCUGUGGGCGCUAUUGGCGGUGCAGUCAUUGCGCAUGAGCUGACCGAAGACUCCGACGAAGAGCACCACGCAGCCGCCCAGCCCGCCUACGUCGCCCCGCCGGCCGAGUCGUCGUACCAGCCGGCCCCCAAUCCCAUGUACGCCGAGCCGCUGCCUGACGAGACCGCCAGCGGCAGCUCAGUGUCGAGCAGUGACCGCGAGGAACUUGAGGAGCGGCGCGAGGAGCUGCAGGAGGCGCAGGAGGAGUAUGAGGAGGCCUACGAGGAGACCUAUGAUUAG